UUGGAGUUAUCAUGUCUGGGAGAGGCAAGGGAGGUAAGGGCUUGGGCAAAGGUGGCGCCAAGCGUCAUCGCAAAGUCUUGCGAGAUAACAUCCAGGGCAUCACCAAGCCCGCCAUCCGCCGUCUCGCUCGGCGUGGGGGAGUGAAGCGCAUCUCGGGCCUCAUUUACGAGGAGACCCGGGGCGUCCUGAAGGUGUUCUUGGAGAACGUCAUCCGGGACGCGGUGACCUACACGGAGCACGCCAAGCGCAAGACGGUCACUGCCAUGGAUGUGGUGUACGCCCUGAAGCGACAGGGACGCACUUUGUAUGGCUUUGGAGGUGUCGCAGUCAUCAUGUCUGGGAGAGGCAAGGGAGGUAAGGGCUUGGGCAAAGGUGGCGCGAAGCGUCAUCGCAAGGUCCUGAGGGACAACAUCCAGGGCAUCACCAAGCCGGCCAUCCGCCGUCUCGCACGGCGUGGGGGAGUGAAGCGCAUCUCGGGCCUCAUUUACGAGGAGACCCGGGGCGUGCUGAAGGUGUUCCUGGAGAACGUCAUCCGGGACGCUGUGACUUACACGGAGCACGCCAAGCGCAAGACGGUCACUGCCAUGGAUGUGGUGUACGCUUUGAAGCGGCAGGGACGCACCCUGUACGGCUUCGGAGGCUAGGCCGCUGCUGCAGGCUUUAACGUGCGGCAAUCUCAAAGGCCCUUUUUAGGGCCACCCAUGGAGUCUUUGGAGGAGCUGGGUACUCUUUGUGUGUGUGUGUGUGUGACACCUUGCAGCUGGGCCGCUCAAUCAACUGCCCCUGUGCUCUGCUACGGUGGCAUGUCAGGAAGCAGUGCUUGUGAGUCACCCGGUGUCCUAUCCCGAACAGUGGGACCGAGGCUUCCUCUGCCCCAUUGCAGCUGUGCAGCGGUGUCCGGACCUGGGUGUCGUUGACUAGUGAAAGGCGCUCCACAGCAAUCCGUGUGCGGAUUCAGCCAUUCAGGCCAGUGCUGCCUUUGCCAGUCAAACUUGCUAUUUCUCCAGUCUAUGUCCGCAUAGCAAAGUCCCUCAAGGACGGGGCUGGGGGCCUGGGGUUGAGGCGGGAACCUCACCUCACCACGUGAGUCACCCUAGCCUCCCUCCUGCCUCCCUCCUGUGUCCGGGGCGCGCUUUCGCUUCGCUUUCCCGGCUAAGGUGCUGGGGUACUGGUCGCCCGCGAGGAGGUUCUCCCUUCGCCGUUCUGCAUCGGGGGAUCCCGCCGUUGCCGGGAGGAUGCCGGCACAGCACUUCUGCUCACACCUAGCUGAACGGGACGUUGUGCUCCAUCUUUGUUUCGGGUCGCGUUACCCACGUUGGCGGUCGUAUUACUGGGCUGUGGGGAGUUGAAAGCGGCAAAAGGAGGCCAGGUCAAGCCACCUUCACUCUUAGACUCGAGGCAGCCCCAGGUUUGCACUCCCGAGGUACCAGUUUUGCCACGUGAUCGUUUUUGAGCUUCGCUAGUUAACUGUUUGGGCCUCCCCUCCCAUUGCCGCAGUGAGGGAGUAGGCUGGGUGGCUCCGGGGCCCUGUUCACAUUGGACGCUGUUUUGUGCCAUUCACUGCUCACUCACUGGAAAAGACGUGCAAGCACCUGCAAAGUCAAACCCGAUCAACAGCCAUUCAGAAACCGGGGAAGAGAAAUUCAGGUCAUUAGAUCACAGGUGAACUCAUUAGUGCAAUUUUAAAACAAUUAAGGUGAGAGCUGGCCAGUGCGUGAAAAGCAUUCUUGGUUUUGUUGAGAUCUGGGAAACAGAACAUAGCCUGACCACAGCAAAACAGGAACAAGGGACAGCAUGCAAACGAAGGCUGAGCAGGCAUCCUGCAGUAUGUGAAUGCCCUACAUAGAUCAAGAUAGGCAGAUCGUAAUCUGUUUAGUUUUGAAUUUUGACACCCCACCCUGUUCCCGCGCACGGUCUCUGUCAGCAAAUAGCUAACUGCCAGGUCUGCUUCUGUUCAAAGCUUGCUUGCUUGCUCGCCCCUAUGUAAGGACUUAGCUGUAAGCGCUGGGCGCGACUCUCAUCUGCAGCCCUUUUGGGCACCGUGUCUCCGGACACCCCGAGAGUUCGCCCCUGCGCAGGUUAAGCUUGGCCAA